CCAAGGUACAACCUACAGGCUACUGUAGUACUACGAAGUACAGCCCAAUCCAGCCUUGUGUGACUGUCUUACUAUCUAACCUACUUUGCUGGAUGAGCAAUUGACGGGCUUUGCCUGGCCAGGCCUAGGUUUCGUCGUCCUUGUUCUAUCUCCUGCUCCAUGUUCUCUCGUCUUAACCAACAUGACUCGGUCAGUCAAUAGACUAGCAGCUAACGAGGUUUCCGUGAACUCUCACCUGUCUACUCCGUGGAGAUGCAUCGACCAUCAGUUUUCCGACCGGGCCAGGCCAUCUGGACGCAGCUCGGCGAGAUCCGUCACGGCACUAGUGGAAUCAUUGGUUGUGGCCCGUCGACUUCACAAUGGCUGUGUUCAUCUAAAAAGGGUCUUGUCUUACUUCUUAGUUACGGUGGCUAAGUUAGUGUUCUGCACUCGUCUCGGGCUCUUUUUAUUCUUGCUUUUCCUCCCAUCAUCACUGGGCCGCGUUCGCCCCUCUCCGUCCGCCCUCCGAUUCCGGGCUCAUCCAUCGAAUACUUCAGUAUGACGGACAGCUUCACAAGUCGGAUGUUAACCGUCC